AAUUCUUGACUCCAGUGUCUCCAGCGCACGUGGAUUUAUUAUUGUGUGAUUCUUCUCAGUGCGAGGACGUCGCGGUCAAGGGUCAUACUUAUAACACAAACUCGACUCCAGAUUUUAAUUAAUAAACCAUAUGCAUAUAAAGAACUACGCAUAUUGAUAUAUUGAUUAGAUAUAGAUAUUGAAAGAUAGUGUUGAUCUAUAUAAAGUCGUUUUUAAAUUAAAUCGAUUUAAAUACUUGAUUUGUUUUAACUGACCUUCAUCACAUCGCGUGAAAUGGAUUUUAAUUAUUUAUAAUUUAUUCAUGGUACUUUCAAAUGAGAUGUAAAUGAUUUUGUAAUAAUAAGACUAUAAAUAGAAUAAAAUGAAAACAGUACAUUGGACUAUGCACCCAUUAGUCAAAUAUAUGGUCAGGUAUUGGAUGGGAAAUGUAUACUUCAACAAACACAUGUAAUGGUGGUACUACUUUCUUUUAAAGAAAAAGAAAUUUAAGUGACAAUAAACAUUUUCUAACACAUUCAAUUCACUGCUGCUUCCUCACAGUCGAACUAUAUUGUAUUCUUGUAUACUAUUCAGACUAAAAAUUUUCACCUUUGGUGAAAUCUACAAAAUAAUGGGAUAAUUGCGUAAUUAAAACCUUGAGCAUCCAGGCCCGCUGGACUGUGUUCCCGCUGGACUGUGUUCCUGUCACUCUAGCCACACGGCUGGGAACAAAAGGCGAACUUUGCACGAGUUAGUUCCACUGAUAUUUCUCGCUCCUUGGGAUAGUGUGUGUAUGUGUGUAUCGUUAUAAAAACACACCAUGGAUUAUAAAACUUUUGCUGCAGUGGUGAAAGUGUGUCAACAGUAACUCUCAUGUUAGUGGAUUAUUGACCUGUGGUCAUCGCUUGAUUCUGUAACUGGAUAGCCACGAAAGUGACCCUUCAUUAGGAUUAUAAUCUUGUGUGUUCCUGAUUGGACGUGACCAUACGGUGUGUUCAAAUUCUUUAACAAGAUAACAAUUGGAUUAUAUUCUUUACAAGUUACAACGAAACAACGCUUGGGGUAUUCAAGGUUAAAAGAAGAAGAAGAAGAAGAAGAAAUACCGGCUUAUUAUCUAUGGGAGACUGUACAAUGACACUCGCACCGAACAAAGGACUAGCAGAUGUCUUAUAAAUCUUGACAAUUUUCGGUCCAGAUCUAGAGUUUCAUCUCGAAUCACAGUUAGUUUACUGCAAAGGGAAUUCUGGAACCAGAAAAGACAAUAUUUGGAUUAACCUUUUCAACCUAAAAAUCUGGCCAUACAGUUUGUAUUUCUCAUGUGGAUACUAACAAGUGUUUUUCUAUUCGAUAAUUCUUCGAGGAUCAUAUAAGGAGACUUGCCAGAUAGGAAAAUUCAUUCUAUAUAUGAAAAAUCGUAUUCGCAUUUACUAAAGAUUGUGGUAUGAAAUUUGAAAACUCCAUACGAAGCAGACGUAGCCAAUGAGAAAAUUUAAAAACAGGAAAUGGACGCGAAUGGUGCUGAUGUUUCCGGAACAAAAUGACAAUGGUUUUGAUAACUAAAACAACGGCCUAUACUUAGUGCUACUUGUAGGAACUAUUUGAAAAAAAAAGAAAGAAAGAAUUGAUUCGUUUGGCAGGAGAGUUUCUUUCCCCUGAAGGAUAGGAAUAGAGGGAGAUAAUUGAAAAAAAAAAGGAGAGAAAAUGGAUUUAUUUAAAAAUAGAUCGACACAAAUAGUUUGGAGGACAAGAGGAUGGGCCUUAACCACUCUGGUGGUUUUGGUGACAAUGAUGGCGAUGCCCCUGGAGACGAAAUACAUCGGGCCUAAGCUGACACAUAUGGUGCUGGAUGAUUCGACUGGAAUCGUUUACGUGGGAGGUGAGAACAGAUUAUACCAACUGGACUCGGAGUUAAAUCCGCUAAUGGUCGUGGCGACAGGGCCGAAGAACGACAGCAUCCACUGCAUGCCCCCGCACGUGCUGGAACCCUGCAAGGUGAAUCGGACCACCUCCAACAAUUAUAACAAGAUUCUGUUGGUUGAUAAUCUAAGGCGGAACCUGAUCGCUUGUGGGACCCUGUUCCAAGGCAUGUGUGAAGCCAGAAGUCUGGUGAACAUCUCCAAGCUAAUGGUGGAUGAUGCCUCCACAGAGCUGAAGAACUUUGCCGUGGCAGCCAACACAGAGAACGCCUCCACUGUGGCGUUCAUCGCCCCAGGGCCGUCGCUCGUCAUGGAGACGGUACUUUAUGUAGCUACCACAUACACGGGCACGAGCGAGUCCAGCCAGGUGAAUCGCUACGAGGUUCCAGCCAUAUCCACCAGGAGUCUCCACAAGGAGUCGCGCUUCUCCCUGGCCGUGGACGACAACUUCCUGGCCAAGAGCAAGCUGUCCGCGCUGUUCCUGAAGCCCAACGUGGUGACGUCCUACCUCAUCAGCUACGUGUACGGCUUCAGCUCCGCAGGCUUCAGCUACUUCCUGACCGUCCAGGACGAGAAACCAUCGGCCGUGGCCACCCUGGAGACCAGGGUCUCUAAGGUCACGAAAAUCGUGCAGAUCUGCCAGGUGGACAGCUACUUGUACUCUUACGUCGACCUGCCUCUGAUCUGCACCAAAAAUGGGGUGCAUUACAACAUUCUGCAGGCGGCCAGAGUUGUCAGACCUGGAGAGGAGUUGGCCAGAGACAUGUUCCCCGACGGUAAUGUCGAAGACGUCCUGAUGGCCGUUUUCACCAACACCACUGGCUCUCAGCGGGUGGACUCGGCCAUCUGUGUUUACACCAUGAGAGAGUUACGAGCUAAAUUCCUGGAAAAUAUAAAAUUGUGCCACCAAGGGAACUCGUCAGUCAGCGGCGGAGGAUAUUUAUACGGAACAUGCCCACACCAGAGUGGACUGGUCAUCAACAAUGUCGAGGAUGACCAGCAGUACCUGUGCAACACCAACAAGCUGGACUCCUUCUCUAACAUCGUAGGCAUCAGUCCAGUCAUCCGGCAUCCCGUGCUCAUCUACGAGAACCUUCGACUGACCUCGCUGACCGCCACCGUGGUCAACCAGUUCACUGUGGCGUUUGUGGGGACAGAGACUGGACGUCUCAAAAAGAUAUUGUUGACACCAGGUGGCCGUGCCCAUGAAUAUUCAGAACUGGUCAUCUUUGAUGGACACAGGAUACUGCCGGACAUGGUAUUCGACACUGAGAGACGCCAUAUUUACAUUAUGACAGACACCAAUGUGACUAAAGUGGCUGUUGAGACUUGCAACCAGGCCGACUCGUGUCAAGCAUGUUUGUUUAAUGGCGACCCUUACUGCGGGUGGUGUUCCCUGGAAAGAAAGUGUGUGUUGAAAGGUAGCUGUCCGAACUCAGAUGACCCCAGCCAGUCCAGGUGGCUUCACGGUGAAACCAACCAGUGCAUCAGCAUUACCAUGAUCUCUCCGACCACAGUGUCCGUCAACACAGUCAAAGAGCUUCACCUGACCAUCCCCCAGUUACCGCAGACAUCAUCCUACACGUGUGUUUUUCUUGAGCUGGACUGGAGCUCUUCAGUAUCUUUUUGGUACUUCGGGGCGAUUUGCAAGACCCCUGACUUCAACAAGCUGGGUAUCUACCUGGGUCCAGAUGGGUUCAGAACUGUCACCCUUGCCCUCAACUCCAGUGAAACGGGUAAACUCUUUGUCACCAGGAGUUUCACUUUCUACAACUGCUCUAAUUUUCACAGCUGUUCAAGUUGCACAAAUUCUAGUUUUGAAUGUGACUGGUGUGUCUAUGACAAUGGCUGCUUUGACGACACACGAGCUUGCAAAUCUGACAUUGUCAGGGGAAAAAGCAGUGCUAAGCCUGGUCGCCAUGGGGUACAGCACUGUCCUCAGAUUGAUACCAAAGUUACAGGUGAAAUAUUUUUACCUGUCGGUGUCAAGAAAACAAUCUUGCUCAAAGGAUACAACAUUCCAGAGUUAAUGCCAAAACAUAAAGGAUUUGAGUGUGUGGUUAACUUGGGAACGCAGAGAAUCUCAUCCCCUGCUAGAAGACAUGACGAUAAAACUUUAACAUGUGAUAUACCAGCACUGGACUACAGUGAAAAUGUUGGCAUGCUUCAAACAAAUCUGUCAGUUUACUGGGGGAAUAAUUUUUUACUGGAGAGUACUACCAGAUUUUUUGCCACCAUGUACAAGUGUGAUGUUCUCGCAUCUAGCGAAUGCAGCAUGUGUGUCAACUUGAACUACACCAAGCCUUUCUUGGAGUGCUACUGGUGUCAGGGUUCAUGUCAGCACUCAGCCUUAUGCAAGCAACACGCCUCAGUCACUUGUCCAGCUCCUCGGAUAGACUUUGUCUGGCCCAUAACAGGUCCUACUAAAGGGGGAACCAAUGUGACUAUCACCGGCAGUAAUCUCGGGACCAAAUUUGAAGACAUUGAGAAGGCCGUCACAGUAGCCAAUGUUGUUUGUGCUCCUCACAGGGAGCAAUACUCUCCAUCCAAAAGGAUUGUAUGCCAGACUAGAUGGAGAGGUCAACCUGCGGAAGGUCCAGUCAAAGUUACUAUUGACCAACAGAGUAGUCAAUAUCAUACACAUUUCAAAUAUCAGAUUCCAAGGCUGGAUGAUAUAGAGCCAAAGGUGGGGCCUAAAUCUGGUGGUUCCAGAGUCACAAUAAAAGGAAAAGAUCUGGACACUGGAGGCCUUCAUGAAGUGGCAUUCAAUGAUAUUCCUUGCACAGUGAUCCAAGAUAGAGUGACCAAUUCCAGUAUAGAAUGCAUCACAAAAAAAGUUGGCCAUGCGCAGCACAAACAAUCCAUAAAAGUGUUCUUUGACAAACAAGAGUACCAGUUGGCCAACAAGAUAUUCUUCUACAAGGAAGAUCCAACCAUUACCAGAAUCUCUCCUUUAGAGAGUAUAUUAGAGGGAGGGCGCACAUUAACUGUAACUGGAACAGAUUUGACUGUCAUUCAGCAACCCAAGAUGUUUGCAUACGUGCCGAAUCUGUCAGGAGGCUUAGACAAGACAAACUGCACGAUGUGUCAAGUUAUGAACGAUAAUGUCAUGAGGUGCCCUACUCCUUCCCUGGUGGAUGCACUCAAGAAUAUCAUUCGUUCCAAGAGAAGCAGUGAGCAGACAGACCGCACCUCCAACACCAUUAAAGCCGUCUACCUUGGUUUUAUCAUGGAUGACGUCAUGUCUGUCAGAAAUCUUUCCUCUGUGCCGAAUCUGAAUUUCAAGCUCCUUUAUUUCUCCAACCCUCGGAUUUAUAAUUUUACAGAGCCGAAUGGUGUGAAAAUACUUAAAGGAGAUUCACUUAUUAUAGAGGGCUCAGACCUUAACAUAGCAGCAGACAAGUCAGAAGUUUCAGUGAUGCUGGGAAACUACCCUUGCAAUGUGACCACAUUUUCACAGUCUCAAAUUGUCUGCAAACUUCCUAGCAGUCAGGCCCAAAAUGGUGCUGCUAUUAACCUAGAGAAAGACAGGAAAUCUCUCCCUUAUGUAAAAGUGAAAAUCAGCAACUUGGAGUUUGUAGUCGGACGUGUGGAGUACGAUGUGCCAGAACACUUCACUUUUCCAACAGAGGCGAUCGCUGGCAUUGCGGCAAGUGGCGGCUUUCUUCUGCUGGUGAUAGUUGGUAUACUGAUCAUCUAUAGGAGACAGAGCACCAAGGCAGAGAGGAUUUACAGAAAGCUGCAAAUACAGCUGGAUAACUUGGAGAGCAAUGUCAGAAAUGAAUGCAAACAAGCCUUCGCAGAGCUUCAAACAGAUAUGACUGACCUCACUGGCGAUCUAGUGUCCAGCGGCAUUCCUUUCUGGGACUUCCACAGUUACACAUUCAAAGUUCUCUUCCCUGGGAUGACAGACCAUAUAAUUCUCCACCCACCAAUUCAGAAAAAUGGAAGGUUCCAAUUCUCUGACCAUGGACUCCAGUUGUUUCACCAGCUCCUGGGGAAGAAACUAUUUAUGGUUACUUUCAUCAGAACACUGGAGGAACAGCGAGCGUUUAGCAUUAGAGAUAGAGCCAAUGUGGCCUCACUAUUGAUGAUAGUUUAUUUGAACAAUAUGGAAUACGCCACAGAUAUUCUCAAGUGCCUCCUUGUAGAUCUAGUUCAUAAAUCUGUUGAAGGCAGGCACCCCAAGCUCAUGUUGAGAAGAUCUGAAUCAGUUGUGGAAAAGCUGUUAACAAACUGGCUCUCUAUCUGUUUGUAUAAAUAUCUAAGGGACUAUGCUGGAGCCUCACUAUUCAUGCUGUAUAAAGCAAUAAAGCUCCAGGCUGAGAAAGGCCCAGUGGAUGCAGUCACUGGGGAUGCCCGGUACUCACUUUCAGAGGAUACACUGCUGAGAGAAAAAAUUGAGCCGAGGAUUCUAACAUUAAAUGUGGAGAACGGAGGAGAAAUUGUUCAAGUGCGUAUUCCAGAUUGCGACACAAUAUCUCAGACCAAAGAGAAAAUCUUAGAUCACUUGUACAAAAAUAUUCCAUUUUCUCAGAGACCACACGUCAGGGAUCUGGAACUUGAGUGGCGCAAUGGUCCCACUGGUCCUUUAAUGCUGACAGACAUUGAUAUAGCAUCGCAUAAUAAAGAUGGCUGGAGGCGGCUGAACACGUUGUCGUUUUAUCGUGUUCAUGACGGAGCGUACAUGUCACUUUUACACAAGCAGCAGUUAGUGAAAUGUAUGAAUGGUUCUCUAGAUAACUCAGUGCUUUCCAUUGGUUCUGUGUCUCCAAUACUCAAGAAAGAUCAGGAGUCUGGUUUUAAGGAGUGGCAUCUGGUGAAACACGAAGACACGUUGAUCAAAGAUGGUGGUGUCAAAAUGAUUUCAGAGAUCUUCCUUACCAGACUGCUGUCUACAAAAGGCACUUUACAGAAGUAUAUAGAUGACUUCUUUAAGAAUAUGUUAUGUGCCGGGCCUUACGUCCCUCCAGUUAUCAAAUAUUUGUUUGAUUUUCUGGACCAUGAGGCCGAUGCUCAUGGCAUCACUGACUACGAGGUGGUGCACACGUGGAAGUGCAAUAGUUUGCCUUUGAGAUUCUGGGUGAAUAUCAUCAAGAAUCCAGAUUUUGUUUUUGACAUUAACAAGCCUAGAAUAGUUGAUUCAUGCCUUAGUGUGGUGGCCCAGACCUUCAUGGAUAGCUGUUCCACGUCAGAGCAUCGACUUGGAAAAGAUUCUCCGUCCAAUAAACUGCUGUUCGCCAAAGAUAUAGUUCAUUAUCGCAAGUUGGUAGAGAAAUACUUCACAGAUAUUAGAGAGCAACCACCACUUAGCGAUCAAGAAAUGAAUGCCUUCCUAGCAGAUAUCUCUAGGACAAGUCCCAAGCUCUUCUACAUAUCCAGUGCACUAGGAGAGUUGUACAAAUAUGUCUCCAAGUACAAGAAUGAGUUGAUGGAAGCCUUAGACCAAGAUAACCAGGCCAACGCCCAGCAGUUGUCUUGUAAAUUGGGUCACAUUGUUUCCUGCAUGGAAGGCCCCUCUGGAAACAUGGCCUACGUAUGAUAACAGCUCUUUCGGGCUCAGCCUUCCACCUGCAGAUCAUAUUUAUUCAGAAAUAUCAGCACCUUACACACAAUAGUGUUAAAACUUGUUAGACGUUGGCUGAUAUUUACAGCUAUUGGAUAAUGUUGCUGGAUAAUUCAUGUGAUGGAUAAUUGGACUAAUUCUCACUUUUGGAUAAUAUAGAAUCGAAUGAUUCAAACUAUUGGAUAAUAAGACUGGCAAUUUUAAUUAGUGGUUUUAUUAGCUGCAUUCAAGUGUGCUAGAUCCAUUCUUCAAGCGUGUCAGAUCCGUUCUUCCACUUCAAGAUUCUGUCCCUGACACAGCACUGGUAUUUAUCUUUUUUUUUUUUUUUAAAGACUUGUACAUUGUGUUUUCACAUUACACUGGACCAGAGAAUUUUUUUGUUUAUUCAAAUGAUUUAUAAUAUAAGCUAUAUUUCAAAAGCAAGCCCUUUGAGGCUGUGAAUUGCCUUCCCUUGUGGGUCAUGGAAGAGGUUUGUGGAGAACUCUGGAACCCAAGUACUGGACACUGGAAAAACCCAACUACUUGAGAUAACUGUGAUAAAGCAUUAUGUUUUAUGUGAUUUAUUUCCUGCGCUGAUUCGUAUGAUGAUGAUGUCAUGACAAUGUUUGUCAGUAUUAAUAUCCUUUGUUGGUUUAGAUGUUUGUUUUAAAUGUAACCUUAAAGGAUGUUCUCAGUGGAAGUUUCGGUGUGAAUUUCUAUUGAAAUAGGGUAGUGCAAUUACGUCAUAACUUUAGCCCUUGGCUGGUGUGGUUUUAAAAAGCUGUUUUAAGUUAUAAACUUUUAGUGACCCAUAAAUGUUUUUAAAUAUCAUUUAGCCAAAAAGCUUUCAACAAAGAGAUUGUAGACUAUAUUUUUUAUUGUGUAAAGAUAGUCCCACAUGUAGUUAUAAUCAUUUGCAAUUAAACAGGAAUCUUUCGUUUAUAUUUUUUAUCAGGAGAUCCAUCCUUGACAUUGUAUUAAUAGUAGACUUUGUUUCAUGCACAAUCAAGACUGGAUAUCAUUUCUUUAUGAAAAUGUACCUAAACUAUAUCCCAAAGCCAUAAUUAAUACAUUUGCCUACUGUACUAUUUAACUGAAAAGUUAAGUAUGUGUUGCCUUCAGAGCUUGAUAUAUUUAUACCCGAUGGAGUAGGGAGAAGUAUACAAUCUAGUAAUGAGUACAUAAUGUAUCAGUUAACAAUCAACUAAUCAAAUUGUUUGUAAUGUUAAAUAGGGAAAGUAUGUGUUGAACAGGACAAAAAUCUUGUUUCUGUUAGAUUUCCAUAAGUUUUUCUUCGAUUGUAGUUGGUUAUGCUUGAAGUAUGAACACAUAUGAAAAGCAUUUCUCUGAAAUGUGUUUAAAGGGAAACAAAAUGUUAUUUUGUUCCUCGUGUGCUUAGAAACAUCAAAUCCACCCCUUAGAUAUCCUCAAGUCACUUUAGAAAGUUAGGUUAGUGACCUUCAUGACGUACAUUAAAGGUCCUAUUGAAAGGGGAAGGUGAACCCAGACUAGUCUUUCCAAUAUUGACAUCCUGGUAUACUUUCUGAGGGUCAAAGUUAUCAGUUCACUUAGAAGAGUAGUUCACUGAUUUGUUUUCUUAUUUAGACUGUUCCUAACAUUCAACUAGAAAAUUGAAAGUACAACUGGGAUAAAGUCAAACUAUGUAAGAAAUGUCUUCUUAAAAGUAUAAAAAUAAUGGAAAAAAAAAAUCUUUUUGAGUGCUUCCAUUUUUUUUAAAUUUCUUAAAUACCUGAAAGUAAUAUUUUGGAAAUAUUUUUUUUUGAAAGUUUAUUAAGGUUGUUUCUGAAUUUGUUUACAAAGACAAAAAUGCAUUUCUUGAUUGCAGCAUGUUUUCCUGUUGUUUUUUUUUAAUAGAAAUUUCUGUCUUCUAAGUGUUGAGCGUGUACUGGAACUCCCAACACUCAAAGCACCAAGUCACUUUACCCACUGCUGACACCAUUUUAUUUCUUGCUGUUCUUUUUUCCUUGCAUGGUCUCAAGUUUGGGCUAGUGUAAUUUCAUCACCAUUGUGUUACAGUUACAGCCUGAUGUUACAUUCCAACAUUCAAACUCCAGAGAAAAACAUUUUUUCUAUGCAAACAGGCUGGGGUCAUUGUGUGUCAAGGACAUUGAAACUAACCAAUCAAGGACUAAGACAGAUUUCUCUUUAAAAAUUCAGUGCUUGGGUAGAAUUAAACUUUAGUUGUCGAAGAUGGUUGAGCUUUGUGCGCGUGCUCUGUUUUGUGUAUUUUCCAGUUAGCGUGUUGUAGUUUGUUAGAAAAGAACCUUGUUCUAUGAAGCUGAUAUCUAGUUUUCCUUGUGAGUCUUUGAUUUGUUUCAAUAUGUUCCUGAUGUUAGACAGGUUUACAUGGUUAUGUGUCCAGCUACCUUGUAUAUUUCUGAUUUAUAGUUUUCCUUGUGAGUAUUGUUGUUUUCAUAUGUUUCUUAUGUUAGAUAAGUUCACAUGGUUUUAUGUGCAGUUACCGUGUAUAUUUUAUAACUCUGCCUAUAGCAUUUAUAAACAUAUUACUAACAUACUGUUAUCGCCUGUAUCUCUUUUUUUAUUAUUUGUAUGUAUCAAGUUUUUUUUUUAUGGUGGACAACAAAGGAAUAUAGGCGUACUAGUACAUUAGUGAAAUUAAAUGUAAUGAUGAUUGAGUUGAUUUAUUCAACAAUUGAUGUGAAUGAUGAAUUCAAGUGAUUGGUUUGUAUACAUGUAUGUGAGUUGAUUUGUAAGUUUAUAGAAAAAGAAUUAGUGUGUGAAUGCUGUCCCAGGAUGUGAAUGCUGUGACAGUGUAUACGAAACUUGUACAUAGCAGAACUAACAAGAGAUAAUUUAUUGGCAAUGUACAUAGUUGAAUGCAAGCUUUGAACCAAAACACUUCAUUAUUUUUUCUAGUUCUUACAUUUAACCCUUGUAUCCCUGUACUGUGUCCGGUACAUUUUUGUAUCUCUUUGAUUGACCGACUCAUUGUGAUCUACUAAAUGAACAAGGGCUAUUUCCAAAUAUUAGUCCUUGACUUUUCCAAAUUACUUGGUACUUCUUCUCCCUUACAUUGUUCAAAGAAAUCUUCCCUCAAAUUCUAUUUGAUUCUUUCUCCAGGAGAACAAUAAAACAUUUAUUUCAAUUUUCUGUUUGAAACAUAAAACCCAUAUACUAUGAUAAUGUGAUUUAACAAAUACUGCUCAGCACAGUCGAUCUGAAGUGAAUAAGAGCUAAACAAAAAAAAAAAGUCUGCAUUGAUUAGUGGUUAUAUUUUAGCCAUUGGUUUGCAUUGCUAUUGACGCGGUUUAUUACAGGGCUAAUAUUUUAUUUCAAAAUAUUUGAAGAAUGUUUCAGAGGGUGUUUAGGAGAGUUAGGGUUAAAUAGUCUUUCCUUCAUUUGUUGCAUGGAAUAUUGUAAGUCUAAAUAUGGGUACAAAGUAAAUGAAAAAUGUGGGUACAAAGUAAAUGAUAAAUGUGGGUACAAAGUAAAUGAUAAAUCCACAUACAUUAUCUCUUCACUAGUGGUCCACUCCACCAACUCACUAUCUCCUCCUUCACAUAAUGUGUAUAUAAAGAGGGGGAAUGUGUUCCAAAUAACAAACUUAAUUUCAAGAAACAUCUCUUCACUGUUCUCCCCUUUUAGUAUGAUCUACUGGUAUUUCAACACUAGUAAAGAUAAAAUAAUAUAGACGACUUCAUUUGCAUGUGUACAAUAGUUACAAGAGUUUGAGUAGAGACCAGCUCAUUACUUUCUUCUUAGUGACAUUUUCAAUCAACAGAUUUAGUCUAAAGCCAGUACUUUGAACAUUUCUAUUACUAUUUUUUUUUGGUGUAGUACAAUAAGAAUAUAAUGUCCUAAUAAGGCACCCUUUAAGGUCAUAAAUUAGAAAAAACAUUUUUUUUUUCAUUUCCAAACUUACUGCAAAAUUUAUAAUAAUCCCAUCCAUCGAAGUUGAAGUAUUAUUAUAAAUUAUUGAAGAUGUUCAUAUAUGUAGACUAGGGGUGCACCGGAUAGUACUUUUUGAUAUCCGGCCGGAGCCGGAGGGACUAUCCGGUGCACCCCUAAUGUAGACAUCUAUAAAGUGCAAGCGUUUUGGUGCGACUGUUGUACAGUACAAAGUGUUGAUAAGUCAUUUUAUUUUUUAACGCUAAAAUGAUACAUUUUUAGCCCCCGCAGAAGAAAAAAAAUUCGAGGUUGGCAGUAUUGAACUUUAAUCUAGCGUCCUUGACCCUUGUUUAGUUGAUUGUGAAACUCUCCAAUGUAGGCAGAAGUGUUUGAAAAAAAUAAAUAGCUGUGGACACUUUUGAUUGGAAUGUUGGUUUGUUUAAUGAUGUAGAAAUCAAUCCUGGAAGCAUAAUUGCUGACCAGACAGGAGUGAACAGGAUUAUGGGGCAUUUAGUUUGAAAAAUUUUAACAUUUUAUAUAUAUUUAUACAAGUAAGUGGAAUUAUAACAAAAUAGUGUCACAAUAUCACAGAUAGUAUAGAACAAUCAAUUGGCAAUCAGUUUUUUUUCCUUUGGUUAAAGUCUCUGCACUGUACAUUCAGUUUUGUAAGCACACAACAAAAAUAUGCUUCGAGUGUACAAUUCAAGUCAAAAUUCUCCUGAUAAAAACAGCAAAACAAUGUUUUUUAACAAUAAAAUUGUAAAGUCCAUUCACAUUUCACAACACCAGCAAGCCAAGUACAUCUAAAUACCAGAACAAUGGUGUUAAAUAACACAUAUGAAAGGCCCUUAUAUAAAUCAAGUAUCAAUGUGUGAGUAGAAUGGGUUAAAUCUGGUUGACAGAAAAAUGUGUUUUUACUGUUACCUUCUGUAUACUGCAAUAAAAAAAAUUAAAGGUAUUCUCUUUGAGACUGUUUUACUAAUAAUUCAACCAAGUUAAAAAAAACUAAUGACAUUAUUCUUAUUAUUCCACUCCAAUGUUGUUGAAUUUGUAAUUGGCUUUGAUAUUAUUCACACAUUUUUUUUAUUAUUCAUUUCUGUAUUUUUUUGAGUGCAUAAAAAAUGCAAAAAAAAAAUAAAU